AGAGCGGCAGAAAGAGAAGAGACCCGCACCGACCAGCAUCAGUGUGAACACAACAAGUCAUCAUGAACAGCAUGAAGAGUCUGAUGAGAAGCGUCAGCCGAGUGACGCCCUCCCUGACCCGCGCAGUGCAUUCUGGAAUGCGCACGUCCUCCUCUGCUGCCUCCAGAGCCAAAAUACUGGAGGGUCCGAUGACGUCAGAGGAGGUGUUUGCCCGUGAGGAUCGAUACGGUGCUCACAACUACCACCCAUUGCCCGUCGCACUGGAGAGAGGAGAGGGGGUUCACAUGUGGGAUGUUGAGGGCCGCAGAUACUUUGACUUUCUGAGCGCCUACAGUGCAGUAAACCAGGGUCACUGCCACCCCAAGAUCAUCGCGGCACUGACGGCUCAGGCCUCCAGACUCACACUCACAUCCAGAGCCUUUUACAACGACAUCCUGGGCGCGUACGAGCAGUACAUCACCGGCCUGUUCGGAUACGACAAAGUGCUGCCUAUGAACACAGGUGUGGAGGGUGGAGAGACGGCUUGUAAACUGGCCCGAAAGUGGGCGUACAGCGUCAAGGGCGUCCCCAAAUAUGAAGCCAAGAUCGUUUUUGCAGCGGGGAAUUUCUGGGGUCGUACGAUGGCGGCUAUUUCCAGCUCGACGGACCCCAGCAGUUAUGAUGGUUUUGGGCCCUUUAUGCCUGGAUUUGAGCUGGUGCCGUAUAAUGACAUUCCUGCACUAGAGAAAGCACUACAGGAUCCACAUGUGGCUGCGUUUAUGGUGGAGCCCAUUCAGGGUGAAGCGGGUGUCGUCGUUCCUGAUGCCGGUUACCUGCAGAAAGUCCGGGAACUCUGUACCAAAUACAAUGUUCUGUUCAUUGCUGAUGAGGUUCAGACGGGUUUAUGUCGCACCGGCCGCCGACUGGCUGUGGACCAUGAGGCUGUGCGGCCUGAUUUGGUGAUUCUGGGUAAAGCUCUGUCAGGAGGAGUGUAUCCUGUGUCUGCAGUUCUGUGUGAUGAUGAAGUGAUGCUGACCAUCAAACCCGGAGAACACGGAUCCACAUAUGGAGGAAACCCUCUGGCCUGCCGUGUCGCCAUCGCUGCUCUAGAGGUUCUGGAGGAGGAGAAUCUGGCUGCGAAUGCUGAGCGUAUGGGGCAGAUCCUGAGAACCGAACUCAACAAACUGCCCCGAGAGAUCGUGAGCGGCGUCCGAGGAAAAGGCCUUCUGAACGCCAUCAUUAUCAAAGAGACUAAAGACUAUGACGCCUGGCAGGUGUGUCUGCGUCUCCGCGACAACGGCCUGCUGGCCAAACCCACUCACGGUGACAUCAUCAGACUGGCCCCGCCCCUCACCAUCAGCGAGCCGGAGGUCAGGGAGUGCGUGGAGAUCAUCAGCAGGACAAUCCUCUCCUUCUGAAGACUCUGACUGAAGAUGUCAGCUGCUGUUAGGCUUCUUUUAUCACACGUAGUGCCGCUGUUACACUGAUCCUACUUCUAGCGCUUUCUGAAGCUCAUUCGUCCUGUUUGUCUGUCAUUCUUAGCUGAACGUGAGAUUCCAAAGUACUGUGCUGAGUCCCAAUUCACAUACUAUCCAUCCUAAAUAGUAUUCAAAAAUGUAAUUAGUGUGUCCCUAAUUAUAGUAUGGUGAUAAGAAUAUGCCAAAGUUAUGAUGAUUAUUAUUAUAAGUGCACACUCUUAUAGGCUAAUAUUAACUAUAGUACAUUUGAUGUUGGACAUGUAUUCGAUUAGAACUACAAACACAGGUCAAAAGUGUUGAAAAACUACAAACAUGGCUGAUUCCACAAGACUGAUGGUUAAGUGAUUAGUAAAGAUGUUUAAUUUCUUAAUUAAUAAUAUCUGAUCUUCUAAAAUUUAUUUAUUUUAAUAUUAUAUUUAAUCUCCAACAACUUCUGAACUUCUGAAUUUGAUUAGAACUACAAACACAGGUCAAAAGUGUUGAAAAACUACAAACAUGGCUGAUUACAAAAGACUGAUGGUUAAGUGAAGAGAGUCUUUAGUAAAGAUGUUUAAUUUCUUAAUUAAUAAUAUCUGAUCUUCUAAAAUGUAUUUAUUUGAAUAUUAUAUUUAAUCUCCAACAACUUCUGAACUUCUGAAUUUGAUUAGAACUACAAACACAGGUCAAAAGUGUUGAAAAACUACAAACAUGGACGAUUACUCAAGACUGAUGGUUAAUUGGAGAGAGCUUUUGGUAAAGGUGUUUGAUUGAUUGUUAAUUAUUGAUAUCUGAUCUUCUAAAAUUAAUUUAUUUUAUCGUUAUAUUUAAUCUCCAACAACUUCUGAAUGCAUAAUUAUGCAAAUUUGAGAUUGUCCUACAUCUCUAAUGUAAUACAUUAGGACAUUGAAUAUGAAAAAGAUGUGGAUGAUGUGACCAGAUGAUUGACAGAGCUCGUAACUAAGCAACAGAACAGUUCAUUAAUGAGGAGCUAGUAUGUCCCAAAGCUUGCACAGAUUAAGUCUAAAUGGGAUACAGCUGUGGAUACUUGCAUCAUUUAUUCAUAUAUUAAUUUUCCUUCAGCUUAAUCCCUUAUUUAUCAGGGGUCGCCUCAGCGGAAUGAACCGCCAACUAUUUUAGCAUAUGUUUUACACAGCGGAUGCCCUUUCACCCACAACCCAGUACUGGGAAACACCCAUACACACUCAUACACUACGGCCAAUUUAGUGUAUUCAAUUCACCUAUAGUGCAUGUGUUUUGACUGUGGGGUAAACCGGAGCACCCGGAGGAAACCCACUCUAACACGGAGGAGAGCAUGCAAACACCACACAGAAAUGCCAACUGGCCGAGCCGGGACUCGAACCAGCAACCUUCCUGCUGUGAGGCAACAGUGCUAACCACUGCGCCACCGAUACAUACAUUAUUAUAGCAUAAUUUUUGUGACACUGUAUAACAAUAAUUAAUAUUUAAAGGGGUAGAUGUUUAUAAAAUGCUAAUUAAUGGCAAAUUUAAUAAAUAAUAUAAAUAAAUCUCAUUAACUUCCGUACACAGCUGUAUCCCUUCUAGGAACAAUCACUUGCACACUUUUCUGUUACAAACUCAAAAGUAUAUACUUAAUCAAAUAAAAUAAUGCAUGCUAUCAGGACGUCGUAGUAGUCGAUUUGGGACUUAGCAGUCCUGGAUGAAGGUCUGUUUUCAUUCUGACGAGGUUACAUGAAGAAUUGAUGAGGUUUGCGGGUUCUUUUAUGCAGAUGGUGAAUAAUGCAGGUCACGUCAGAGUGAAUAUUGAGCAGCUUCAUUUGUGCAGCUGCUGCUUGUGUGCGUGUUUAAAAGACAUAUUUAAGUCUCACAUUUUGAUGUGUGGAGUUGAUUAGAGGGGAGUUUUACUUGAUGUAAUGAGCACUUUAACAGCAGUCAGUAAUGUUGUAAAACUAGACUCGGUCAAAACUGAACCUGAUUCUGCUGUUUAUUUCCUAAUGUAGACGCGAAGCAUUAAGAGAAGAGCAUUUAUCAAGGAGGAUUCAGGAUGAACUGUGAAUUGAGGAUUCGCUUUGUUUGUUUGCGUUUUCUGUACAAUGUUUAAUGAACGUUUGAUGAAUGUUUGAUCAACGUUAUGAGGGUUUAAAUGAUGUUUAAUGAACAUUGAUUGAAUGUUUAAUGAAUCAAGUGUGUGUGCUUACAUCAGAUGACGUUUUAUUUCUGUUAAUAAAUUAUUUUCAGUCAGCUGAAA